UUCUUGAUUUUCCCUUUUUUGGGGAUGCACGAUCUCGAUCGGCGCAGUGACUGCGGAUUCUGGAAAUGCGCAGUGGGCCUCCCAACAGCGGAUUCAAGCCAGCAUUCGACCAGCUCUGCGCGCAGCAGAAGGCGCUCCUUUUCUACCGCCUUUCCCUUCCACUUUCAUCGUCCACACACGGCUGUUCCUCGUCGCUGCCAUCGCUUGGCACCGUGACCAGCCAUGGACACACCAGGUUCUGACCUCCCAAAACCUCCCAGGCGAAGAGAUCCCGCUCAGCCAACUGAUAUCGCUGAGAGAGUCAUCGCUCUCCAGAGACGAAAUGCGGCGUACGCUUCCAUCCCCUUCGUCGGCCUAUUUUUCCUGACCCUCUCUCUCUCUGACAGUGCAUCCCGUGCCCGAGAGCGGACAGAGCGCCCCCUGCACUCGUCUUCUGCAUCUCGCACCACUUCUCAGCAGCCUACUGCCUCUACCUCUCGACCCACCCCCCAACAGCCCAACAUCUCCCCUCGUGUAUCUGCGGCAAACGCAUCCCCACGGAAACCCCAAGCCUCGUCCAACGCCAUUCUCGUUCGUCCAGAAGCUGAUCCGGACGACUUCUGCCGUCGCCUCCACAUAUCUAGCUCUCCGCGCACCCAACACCAGUCGAGGCAGCCGCCGACGGGAAAACUCUACAAUCCUGACGCCGAUCCCAUAUCCAUUCGUCGUGCAGCGGAUCCAGAGGCUAUCCCCGACGCAAGCAGCUCCUUCCCUCCUCGCAAUGCUCCAACUCCGGCUCCUCACCGUGAUCCACCUUCUCACCAGCGUCUUUUCGACCACAGAAAGGAUGAUCCUGUGCGUUUCUCCGUCCUCGCGAGACCGUCAGGCGGAAAGUCGGCGGUAUCCAAACCUUCUGGUGAUCUCGUCUCGGCCUCGUCAACGUCGUCCUAUGCUCCAUCGAUGACCUCAUCAAGUUUCACCCUUUCGUCCGGCACAACAGACAACUCGUCUGCAUCCUCCGCCCUGUUUGAAGGCAGGCCUCCGCGCGAAGAUCCGGGUAACAACGCUUUUGCAAUCCAGCUGAAGAAGCUCUACCGUACGAUCUCGACGCUCGAGUCCAAAAUCCUCAACGAGGAUUCGGACGAGAACGUGGACGAGGGUCGCGUUCUCUUACAAGGCCACGGGCGCGAGGUGACGGAAGAAGAGCUCGAACAACAAAAGUGGCUGAGAGUGAUAGCCGACCAUAAACGACUCGCAGACAUGAUGCACAAUCUGAUGCAGAUCUCUCUCUCGCCAAGCGUGCCCGCGUCCUUGCGCGUCAUCCCCACAAAGUACAAUAUCAUCAUCCGCCUGUGGACACAUGGCUUCCACAAACUCCUCGAGGCCCUCCGUCGUGCAUCCUGCAACUCACCCCUCGCUCUGGAGCACCUGCAAGAUUUCAUCUAUUUCGCAUACACAUUCUACACCGGACUACUUGAGGAGCCGACGCUACGGACUUUCCGUGCGGGCUGGCUCGAAGCCCUCGGAGACCUCGCCCGCUAUCGCAUGGCGGUCGCAGCCAUGGUCACCAGUAAUCAUCUCUCAGGCGCUGCUCUGACCACUGAUGCUGUCUCCAAGGCCGCGGAAGCCACCAGCGAGGAGACGAGUAGUAAGAAGUCCAAGUCACAAAUCAGCGUCAAAUCAUCGUCGGAUAGACCGGCUGCACGCAUUGACGACUCCCCAACCCCCAGUGUCGGUAUCGCCGCAGCGCGCAUGAUGGAGGUCGGGCCCGAAAAGGAACGAUGGAGAUGUAUUGCGAAGGAGUGGUAUUUCCAAGGACUCGCUGAGACUCCCGGAACCGGCAAACUACAUCAUCAUCUAGGGCUGCUCAGCCGGGAAGCCGACUGCGAAGAACUGCGGGCCGUCUAUCACUUCGCCAGGAGUAUGACCACUCUCCACCCAUUCCUGACGUCUCGUGAAUCUGUCCUCCCCAUCUGGUCGCCGUCAGCACAGGCGCGGCGUUCUCAACCUGACGCAUCUGCAUCCGAAUUAUUUGUCCUUCUCCACGGCAUGCUCUUCACUAACAUCCAGCUCGACGAUUUCGCCUCUACACUUGCACGCUUCCUUGAACGUCUUGAAAUUGAAGGCGCAGAAGAACGCGAGUGGAUCAUGAUGGCCGUUAUAAACAUCACGGCCAUCAUGGAGUAUGGUCGACAGGGUGGUAUUUUAAGAAAGAUUGGUGGGAUUGGUGCCAGUCGCGAAGGUGCUGGAGUUACUCCUGUUCGUAUGGUUGCGAAGCGCAUCCCCACCGCCCAUCACGAAAAUGAUCGCGAAGACCGGUCGAUGGACAUAGAUGACGAAAGUCCGGUGAUGGCUGCUGGGCAAGCGGUACUCUCCCCCGCACUGCCGGAUGCAGACUCAGCCUCCGACCUUCCGCCCAUGUUCAAGUUUGCAACGCAACUUACUUUUUCAAUGCUUUCCUUUGUUCUUCACCAUCCGACUCGCAAGGCGUCUCAAUUCUCGAGGUUGAGCCUCAAUCCAUAUCUCACCAUCAUGGUGACCUUCCUCGCAACCGUGUGCAAGCAUACUCCAACGCUGUCCGUACUCGAAAGGUCCAUGCCAUGGGAAGAUCUCGCACGAUUUUUCUCUAACAUUCCUAAGAGGGUUUUGGUAGCGCAAGGCCUCUUAGUCCCAGUACCCGGGGGCGAGAGAUGGUCGAUGUUGACGAGCGGCUGUGCACCACCGCUUCCCGAGGAUUGGUGCAUGAGAGGUAUGGAAUGGGUCGGUCGGAAGGUGUUCGAGCGUGGAUAUUGGAAGAGCGGAGAGGAUCGCCGUGCCGAGAUGGAGGUGCUGGACCUCGAGGAGAGUGUUCAACUCACUGACGGUAUCAUCGAGGAUGAAGAUGAAGAUGAAGGCGGACAAGGGGAGGGACAAAGUGUGACGGCAAAACGUUGGACCAGAAUGACACGUUGUGCUGUUGCUCUCGCUAACUUCGUCGACGGCUUUUCGCGGAGAGAAGGAACGCGACAUUGGGUAGUUGAGGGGGCACUUGCAGCCAAGGUCGAACGCUGGCAAGAAGAAGAUCGGCGUCAACGAGAAGAAGAGGAACGUCGCCGCAGAGGUCGCUUGCGGACCGACGAUAUUAUGGAUAUUGACACAGAGGAAGAGGUGGAGGAGACGUCGGAAGAGAGCGAAGACGAUGACGAGGACUCUGAAGAAAUUAAGGCUCUCAAGGCACGGCGACGAUAUCUGCGUAGUUUAUUGAAUUCGGCACAACACUCUUCGCUCUCCCCGCUGCCCAAGCCGCGGUCAUCGCCCAGUCAGCCUCGCAAGGCUCAGUCGGCGUCAAGGCUUUCCAUCAUCCCAGGCUACACUGUUCUUGUCCUCGAUACCAACAUUCUCCUUUCUUCUUUGUCCAUCAUCGCCUCGAUAGUAGAAAGCCUUCGUUGGACAGUUGUCAUUCCCGUCCCUGUUGUCAUGGAACUGGACGGCCUUUCUGCGAACACCUCGCAACUGGGUGCGGCUGCACGAGAGGCACUAUCCUACGUCACGUCUCAUGUCCGCUCUUACGGAAUGUCGCUCAAGGUUCAAACGUCCAAGGGCAACUAUUUGACCUCGCUCAGCGUGCGAACUGAACAGGUCGACUUCACUGAUAAAGAGUCUUGGGAACGCAGCAUGGAUGACCUAAUUCUGAAGGCUGCAGUGUGGCAAGAUGAGCACUGGGUCGAUCGAUCUAUGCUCCUCAAGGGUAGCGCAAGCCCUGCAAGUACUGCCGGCGCCGUCAAAGUCGUUCUUCUGAGUUUUGAUCGUAAUUUGCGACUUAAAGCUCGUUCGCGACAGCUUCCCGCAGCUGAUGAGAAGGACUUGGCUGGAAUUCUAGCAUUCGUUACCUAAUACGAAGGAGUAACUGUACUAUAACUCUCAGUUCCUCGCUUUCGAUUUGGUCCUUGGAAGUUCCACGGCACACGCCGUCGAAGAAUGGGACCUUCUCUGGGACCUCUCGGGUCUGUCGUCCAUGUCGCGCCCGUUGUGGUGGAGGUGUGCGACUGUAUGCGGUUGUCCGCCGUCUUCAUAACUAGCAUACUUUCACGAUACCCCUCACCUGCACUGUUGCAAUCUUUAUUAAUGUAGUUUUUGGUGUGUUAUUAUAGGUGUUUUAGUGUUGUUAUAACGGGAACAACGUUACUUCUAAAUUGUACACGCUGAUGGGCUCUGA